GCUCUCUGUCUUUAUAUGCGAUACAAGAGGCAAAGCAUGAGAGCCAGUCUGGUAUCCGUUGUUGCCAUACUCAUUGGCAUUUUGACUUUAUUGCAACCAAUUGCUGGGUCCAGAGGAAAGGGCGCAGGUGGCCAACGACAGAAAGGUAAUCAAGCUAAUAACUGGCAAAGACGGAAUGCCAAUAAAUCAGCAGCUCAUCUGGUUGGUAUCAAACAUGGAACAAACAAGACUCUGAGCUGGAAGUCAACACACGAAUUGUCCUUCAUCCGUCCCUCCAUGAAAUAUGCAGACACCAACUUGAUAGUCCAUCAAGAUGGUCUAUAUUAUGUCUACUGCCAAGUUGGAUUCCGUGGCCGAGAGGCAAAUGUUGUGCUUUUUAAUCAAGUUCUCCAGCAUGAUUCUGAUUCCAAAAACAAUGUCCUACUUUCAGGCAUAGAAAGUGUUGUGGGUCCUCCAUCAGGGUCUUCAAUGUGGUAUGCAACAUUGGGACAGGGAGGACUAGCACGGCUGAAGAGUGGACACCACCUCUCUGUAAUAGUUAGCCACCCAGAGCUUGUAGAUGACAGGGAUGGCAUGACUUUCUUUGGACUUGUUAUGGUCUCCUGAAGCAAGAUAUAUAUGUAAUGUACAAUAAAACUUUUUGCUUUUAUUUAUGUAACAUACCAUCAGUAUGGUUUUUAUAACAUAUUUUAUUGAUUCUUUGUUAUAAUAAAAUUAUUAUUUCUCAUA